AUGGGCUCGCGACGAGGACUCCGACUUCAACGCUUGACGAAGGAUGCAACAGUCAAGCCUGCCAUGUCUGGGGCCUCACCAGACAGAUCCCACGUCAAUGAGCCAGGCAGUGCCCGGAAUGCUGCUGGUGGCGCCACGUGGAAGCACCUCUUCGUCUUCACUCAGCGCCGUCAAGCCCGCCUCCUUGGCCUUGCCAUGGUCGCUUCCCUGCUUGUUGCUGCAGUCAAAACGGUAUUCGCUGUCCUCAUCGGCAGGAUCAUGGACAUUGUCAGCCCCCUUGGCGCGGGCAGCAUCGAUGGAAGCACAGCCAUGGCUGGGGUGACGAUCUGGUGUGUUGUGCUGGCUGGUCUUGGUCUGGCCUCGUGGGGUUUCAACUCGGCCCUCAUGGUCCUGUGGGUUGUCUUCGGCGAGCUGGUCGCAAAUACUGCAAGGAAGUGCGUGUUUGAGCACUUGCUGUACAGGGAGAUGGGUUGGUUCGACGGCCAUGACGAGGGCCUCAGCAGUGCCCUGUCCGGGAUGCAGACCCAUAUCCGAGAGCUCCAGAUGGCAACCUCACAAGUCUUGGGGUUUUUGAUUGCUGACACCUUCGUCGCCGUUGGCUGCCUCAUCGUCGCAUUCUACAAUAGCUGGCAGCUGACACUUGUCCUGAUGGCGACCAUCCCCGUGUCCGUACUUGCCCUGCACUUCAUCAGCCGCGGCCUCGAGGCAGCUAUUGUUUCACAGAAUCAUGAGCUCGCUCAGGCAUCCAAGGUCGUCAUUGCCGCCGUGACAGCCAUAGACCUGGUCAAGAUCUACAACGGCUUCGACCAUGAAGUCUGGCAGUACCUACAAGCGGCGAGGGAAUCUAUGCGGUACUAUGUUCGGCAGGCGCUACGGAACGCCAUGCAGAUGGGCUUUCUGAAGCUGUGGGUCGUCAAUCUCUUCGUCGUUGGGUUCUGGUUUGCGGGAUACCUCGUGAGCAAAAACACCGUCACGCCGGGAACAGCCCUGACGACGUUUUACUCCAUCCUGACGGCCUUCCAGUCUGUCGAGGGUGUAGCGCCGCAGUGGCUUGUUUUGGCUAAGGGCAUGUCGGCCGGCCACCAGCUUCAGAACGUCGUGGCACAGGACAGGAACACGCGUGGGGUGAAAGUUCCGGCACCUCACCGGCCACAGAGCUGCGCCGGGCAAAUCGAGCUUCACGAUUCCUUCUCCAAAGGGACCGUACAAAACACCAACUUCACUAAACCUAUACUGCGCGCUAUGGAUCCGACAAAGAUCGUCCUCAAUCGCUCCUCGUUUUCCUUCAACCCUGGUCUCACAUUCCUGGUCGGAAGAAGCGGAUCAGGCAAGAGCACCAUCACCAACCUGCUUCUCAAAUUCUACGAACCUCUCACCGGAAGCAUCCUCAUCGACGGACAGUCCAUCCGGACUCUGGAUGAUAAGUGGCUUCGCGAGAAUGUCACCUUGAUCCAGCAGUCGAGCAUAUUGUUCAAUGACACAUUCUUCAUGAACGUCGCCUUUGGCUCGCGGUAUCCGUUCCGUGUCACCAGGGAAGAGGUCAGGGCCGCAUGCGAGACGGUGUUGCUUCAAUCCACCGUCGCGAGUCUGCCUGAAGGGCUCGACACCAAUGUCGGGAUCGGGGGCCAUAACCUCAGUGGAGGGCAGAGACAGCGACUCGCCCUGGCUCGAGCCCGCCUAAGGGACCCGGCCGUAUUGAUUCUCGACGAGGUCACCAGUGGUCUUGACGCUAUCAGCAGAGUUCUCAUCCUUGAGGCAAUCAGAGUAUGGCGAGCCGGAAAGACAACGAUUAUCAUCACGCACGACGUGUCUCAGAUACUCGAUAACGAUUAUGUUUAUGUCCUCGACCAGAGCUUCCUGGUGCAGCAAGGAAUGCGAAGAGAUCUAGUCAAAGACGAGGACGGCAUCUUCGCAUCGCUGCUGUCGUCGACUGACUUUGAGCCGGCCGAGGACUCAACGAUGCACUCGUCUUCAGAGUCACUUCCCGAGACAACAACCGCGGAGCCCUCCCGCCUGUCCAAGGUCUUCCUCCCACAGCGGUCUCCGGGCUCAACCGGAAACCGCGGGCUGUUCCGACUGUCACUGGGGCCCAGCGUGCAGCGGUCUACGAUCAUUAAACUUGCAGAGCCGAGGCAUGGCAGGGAAUCAUACCCUGACCCCAAAUCCAGCACCAAUGCUGAGCUGCCCAGCCGACCUGUUCCUCUUGAGCCCAGAAUCAGCGUGAGGGUCCUGGAAAGCCUUGGACACAGCCCGUACAGAACAAGGAAGUCGAGCUUAGACAUGGCUCUCUUGCAAGGGGAGAUGACUAAAUCUCGCCGGCCCCUCGUCAAGUCACCACGAGCCACGCAGAAUAGUGAACUAACAGCCUCGGGGGUGAUCAGCCCCUGCAAAGAGAUACCCAGUGGGCACGAGCAACGCAAACAGCACAAGGAGAAGCCCGUCGCUGUUGGCGUGGGCAAGGAUACCUCCGUAGCCCAGAUUCUUGCAACCGUGUGGCCAAUGCUCGACAGGGCAAACCGAGCUCGCAUCGUUCUGGGCAUUGCUGCCUGCAUGGUUGCCGCGACCUGUAAUCCGGUCUUCUCCUUUCUCUUUGCGCAGUUGAUAGCCGCACUCUGGGCACCGCCCGCCGAGAUGAGGGCUGCCGGGCAGACAUGGGCUGUCCGCCUGGCUAUCGUCGGUGCUGUCGACGGAUGCGCUACCUUUGCUGCGUUUUACCUGAUGCAAUUCGCUGGCCAGGCCUGGGUCACCUCUCUGCGUGUUGAGGCGCUGAAGAGGAUCCUCUCUCAGCCGAAGCAGUGGUUUGAUAGCCCAUCCCAUUCGCCUGGUCGCCUGGCCUCGGUUCUCGACAGGGAUGCAGAGGAGAUGCGCAACCUUGUAGGACGCUUCGUCCCAAUCAUACUGAUCGUUGUGACAAUGAUGACCAGCGGCCUGAUCUGGGCGCUUGUCAUCUCGUGGAGGUUGACCUUGGUCACGCUUGCGUCCGCUCCAGCCGUAUACGCCGCGACGCAGGCAAUUGCUUCCGUUUCGGGAAAAUGGGAGGCGAGAUGCAACGCGAUGGCGGAGGCCGCAGGCUCAGUGUCCGUCGAGACGUUCCUGAAUAUCCGAGUGGUCAGGGCACUCACCUUGGAACACCAUUUCAGCUCCAAGCACACCCAGUCAGCCGAGAGUACCUUUCGAGUUGGCGUGAAGAGGGGCCUGUGGACGGGCUUCUUCUAUGGCCUCAACCAGGGCGUGCCUGACUGGCUCACGGCACUCGUGUUUUGGUACGCAACCGUGCUGCUCACAUCGCCGGGGGCGACCAUCUCCGCCUCGAAUAUAGUGCAGGUCAUCAACCUGCUUCUUUUCAGCAUAGGUACUGCCACUGCCAUGUUGGACAGUAUCCCGCAAAUUGCCCAUGCCAAGGCGACAUCCAUCCAGGUCCUGUACUACGCCACCCUGAGUUACAGUAGCAGUCAUGAGGGACGAGGCGAGGUGAGGGUGCUGACGCCCUUUCCGGUCGAGAUGACAGCCCUGCAGUUCGCAUAUCCCGCGGCCAGGGGCAGCCGAGAAGGCCCGCACAAGGUGCUCCGGAAUGUCAACCUGCGCAUUGACCGUGGUGACUGCGUCGGUAUCGUGGGUGCUUCAGGGUGCGGCAAGAGCACCAUUGCGAAUCUCCUUUUAGGGCUGUACGAGCCGUCAGUGGACCAGAAUCUGAGGGGGAACAUGCAGGACCACGCCUCGCAUCGCCUCCACAGGAGAGGACAAGAUCUGCAGCCUGCAGCCUUGUCUUACGCGGGGGUGCCCGCCUCGGACGUGUCAACAUCUAUCCUCCGCGCCCACACGGCCUACGUCCCUCAACACCCCUUCCUCUUCCCGACGACGAUCCGCGAGAACAUUGCCUAUGGUCUGCACGCAGACUCGCCCUUCCGCGAGUUGAGUUCCGUUGUUGCGGCUGCCAGGCUGGCCCACAUACACGACUUCAUUGUCUCAUUGCCCGGAGGGUACUCCACGCUUGUGGGCGAGGGGGGCCUCGGGCUCUCGGGAGGACAAGCUCAGCGUUUGAGCAUCGCGCGAGCACUUGUUCGUAAGCCAAAGUUGCUUGUCUUGGACGAGCCGACAAGCUCUCUUGAUGCCGACGGUGCUGAGGGCGUGAGGAAGGCCAUACAAGGUCUGAUGGACCAGAGCAGGCAGGGUCAAGGGGAGGAGGAGCUUACGAUUGUGGCUAUUACGCACUCGAGGGAGAUGAUGAGGAUCAUGAGCCGGAUCGUGGUCAUGGACGAGGGAUUUGUGGCUGAGGAAGGUGGAUUCGAGGAAUUGUUGGCUAGGGGGUCGAAGUUCUCGAGACUGCUGGGAGGUGGAGCCUGGGUGCCUCCUUAA